AUGGCUCCUCCCCAGGAAGCUCUCGACUUUGUCGACUUCGUCAACGCCUCUCCCACUCCCUACCACGCCGUCCAAUCUGCCUCCGAACGCUUCGAAAAGGCCGGCUUCACUCUCAUCCGCGAGCGAGACUCGUGGGCCCAGGCCCUCCGCCCUGGCGGCAAGUACUACCUCACCCGCAACGCCUCCACCAUCGUUGCCUUCACCAUCGGCCGCAAGUGGCGCCCCGGUAACCCCGUCGCCAUUGUCGGUGCCCAUACCGACUCCCCCUGCCUACGAAUCAAGCCCGUUUCCAAGAAGAGCAAUGUCGGCUUCCUCCAGGUUGGCGUUGAGACUUACGGCGGCGGCAUCUGGCACUCAUGGUUCGAUCGCGACCUUAGUAUUGCUGGCCGCGUCUUGGUCAAGGAGGGCGAUAAAUUCGUCCAGAAGCUGAUCAAGGUCGAGAAGCCUCUGCUGCGAAUCCCGACCCUGGCUAUCCACCUCCACCGUCAGAGCAACUUCGAUCCCAACAAGGAGACGGAGCUGUUCCCCAUUGCGGGCCUUGCCACAGCUGAGCUGAACAAGGGUGUCAAGGCGGAGGAGAAGAGGGAGGACAAGGAUGAAAAGGAGGAGGAGGAGGACUUCAAGCCUCUCCAGGCCAUGAACGAGCGUCACCACCCCCACGUUCUCGACGUCAUCGCCUCGGAGGCGGGUGUCGAGGUCUCCGAGGUGGUAGACUUCGAGUUGGUUCUCUACGAUACCCAGAAGUCUUGCAUCGGUGGUAUCAAUGACGAAUUCGUCUUCUCCCCACGUCUGGACAACCUCGGCAUGACGUACUGCUCCAUCGAGGGUCUCAUCACCUCCGUCGAAGACGAGACCUCCCUGCAAAACGACAGCUGUAUCCGCUUGACGGUCUGCUUUGACCACGAGGAGAUCGGCUCCACUUCGGCCCAAGGUGCCAACUCUAACUUGCUCCCAUCUGUCCUGCGUCGUCUGUCAGUACUCCCCGGUAACCGGGACGCGGCCAGCGAGGGAAGCUAUGAGGCGAUUCACCACGAUAGCGAGGAUGCGACAGCCUACGAGCAGACACUGUCACGUUCGUUCCUCGUCUCGGCAGACAUGGCGCACUCUGUGCAUCCCAACUACUCCGGCAAGUACGAGUCGUCUCAUCAGCCCCUCAUGAAUGCCGGUACUGUCAUCAAGAUCAACGCCAACCAGCGUUACGCCACCAACUCGCCCGGCAUCGUGCUCCUGCAGGAGUGUGCCCGCACAGCCGGUGUCCCUCUCCAGCUCUUCGUCGUCCGCAACGACUCGCCCUGUGGCAGCACCAUUGGACCCGGGCUCGCUGCCAAGCUCGGCAUGCGCACGCUUGACCUGGGUAACCCCCAGCUCAGCAUGCACAGCAUCCGCGAGACGGGCGGCACUGCUGAUGUGGGAUACGGAAUCCGGUUGUUCAAGGAGUUCUUUGAGCAAUACGGAACGCUAGAGCCCAGGAUUCUCGUCGACUAA